AUGGUUAAAUAUUGGAGAAGCAACGGCAUCAAAAUUAUCAUGUUUCUGGAUGAUGGUUGGGGUACAAAUAAAACGUACGACCUUACUUUGUCAGAUUCAGUUUUUGUUAAGAAAAGCCUUAUUGAAGCAGGUUUCGUCAUAAAUGAUGAAAAAUCUAUUUGGGUACCGGCGCAAAUUUUAGAAUGGAUAGGAAUCUGUUGGAACAGUGUCGAUUUUUCUAUCAGCAUACCUAGCAGACGGGUAAACGAUUGUAUUUUAACCUUAGAUACAAUUCUGAAUCGGAUACCUUUGGUUACAGCAAGGCUUUUAGCACAAUGUGCAGGUAAAAUAAUCUCCCUUUCGCCUGUGUUUGGGAAUUUAACUCGUCUAAUGACUAGAUAUUUAUACUUAGAAAUAGAAACCAGGAAGUCUUGGGACGGCACCUAUAAAUUGUCACCCACAAGUCCCGGUGUCACAGAAAUUAAAUUCUGGCGCUCUAAUUUGCGCAGUCUGAACAAAAGAUUUUUAUCUGGUUAUUCUCCCACGUGUACUCUUGUAUAUUCUGAUGCUUCCCAUGUAGCAGCUGGAUCUUACAUUGUCAAUUGCAAAGACAGUGUUUUUCAUAAUAUAUGGUCAGAUUAUGAAAAAGGGAAGAGUUCUACUUUUAGGGAAAUAAGAGCAGUCAAACUUGCAUUAAGAGCUUACGGCCAGUUGUUGAAAGGUAAAAGUGUGAAGUGGUUCUCAGAUUCACAGUCCUGCGUCCAUAUUGUACAGUCGGGUAGCACAAAGCCCGAAUUACAGGAAGAGUCUUUAAAAAUCUUUGAAUUGUGUUUAAAAUGGAACAUAGACAUGAAAAUACAAUGGGUCCCAAGGGAACAAAAUUCUGUAGCUGAUGAUAUAAGCAAGCUCAAUAACACAGACGAGUGGGAAGUGACUGAUGAUUUUUUCCGUUUUGUUGACUCGUUAUGGGGUCCACAUAAUGUGGAUCGAUUUGCUAGUUCCCAAAAUAGAAAAUUAAAGCUAUAUAAUUCUAAGUUCUUGGAUUUUGACACAGAAGCUAUAGAUGCCUUCACUCAGGAUUGGAGUGGAUGUAACAACUGGCUUGUUCCACCAAUCCGUUUAGUUUCACGUACUAUUUUUCAUCUUUUACAUUAUGGAGCUGUUGGUACGCUGAUUGUACCGAAAUGGCCUAGUGCUUCAUUUUGGCCUAUUAUCUUCAAGAAAAAUUUCAUGAAACAAGACUUUAUUUCUGAGAUUUUGGAAUUCAAGUCUGGACAAGAUAUUUUUAAGAAUAACAAUCAACUUGGAAAUUGCAUUUUUGACGGUAGAAGAUUCAGGGGUAAAGUCUUAGCAGUUCGUAUUAAUUAA